AUGGAUAAGAUGUUUAGGGAAAAAGAUAUGGCAAGAAAGCAUGUAACUUGGGACUACACAAAACAGUUUGAAUUGUUGAGGGACUAUGCUCUUGAACAUCAAGCUACAAACCCAGACACAACAGUCAAAAUAGAUGUGUGUCCUAAUGGCAACCCUGCAUCCCCAACAAGGCAAUUUAUAAGGAUUUAUGUAUGCUUGGGUCCACUGAAAAAAGGUUUCAAGGCAUGUCUUAGAGACUUAGUAGGUUUGGAUGGUGCAUUCAUGAAAGCCCCAUUCCCUGUUCAGGUUCUUAGAGCAGUUGGUCUAGAUUCCAACAAUGGAAUUAAUCCCUUGGCUUAUGCAAUUGUUGAGUCUGAAAACACAGCUAGCUGGAAGUGGUUUUUAGAAAACCUUGGGGAUGACUUGGAGCUUGGGAGCAACUCAAACUAUACUUUCAUAAGUGACAUGAAAAAGGGACCUUUAUGGAGGUGUGCAUCAGCAACCACCAUUCCUGAGUUUAAGCAUUUGAUAAAGGAGUUUAGUGAGUAUGAUAAUGAGGCAUGUCAAUGGUUGAAGCAGAUUCCUCCUAUACAUUGGGCAAGGCGUCAUUUCUCAGGAAGAGCUAUUUCUGAUGUGUUGAUUUCAAACUUGUGUGAAGUGUUUAAUGGGAAGAUAGAUAAAGGCAGGGGCAAACUUGUAAUUUCAUGUUUAGAGUUCAUUAGGGAGUAUCUAAUGAAGAGGAUAUGCAAUGUAAUGAAGGCAAUGAAGAAGGAUAAAGGUUCACUAACACCUACAACAACAGACAUCCUAGAUGUAAGGAAAAAAAAGCAUGCAAUUGCAACUCUGAAUGAAAUGAGCAAAGACCUUGAGGCUGAGCUUGACAUUUACAAGUGGGUACACAAAGUGUAUUGGCUAGAGACAUGGCAAAAAGCUUAUUCAUUUAAGGUGGAACCAAUAAAAGGGAGACCUAUGUGGCCUAAAAGUAAUUAUCCAACAAAGCUAAUCCCUCCUCCACAUCGCACUCAGGUGGGAAGGCCUAAGAAAAAAAGAAGACAAAGUGAGGGUGAAAGGCUAAGCAAAAGGCAGAAGGCAAGUCAAGGUGAUGGAGUCAAUGGGUGCAAGGAGAACAUUCCCAAGGGCCAACAAAUGAUGGAGUGCAGAAGCUAUCAAGGAAACAUAUCAGUGUUACUUGUAGCAAAUGCAAGAAUAAGGGACACAACUCUAGGACCUGUAAAGGGCAAGUUAUGGUUUGAUGAUGUGGUUAUGUAUGGUGCACAGACGCUUGUAUGCUUAACUUGGUAA